GUCCAGCAGUUGACGGUCAAGCGACACUUGCGCGCUCGCCUCCAUUAAAAACCACCGAAGAAGAAGAAGCAGACGCCGGGCUAGUUCCGCUAAAAACGUCAGCUACCUGACUGGAGUAACUUCUAUCAACGCUGUUCUGGUCAAGAAGGCCAAAUAGCGAAAGGUAAGAACCAGAAACAAAAGAUGCAUUGAUGCAACUCUAGAAUUAUAAAUUAUUAUCACCGCAGAGCGGAAGAAAGUGGAGUGUUUGACCUUAUUACCCUGAAUAACCCGCUUACACAAAGCAGUGUCCUUGAGUGUCAGCGUUAGCUAACGCUGUUAGCCUUCGAGCUAACUGUCCCCCCCUGCACGGAUCAUGGUAUUUAUGUGUCCAAACAGAGCUCUGUUAGGGUUCACUAUUCAACUAUGCUCCAGUUAUCUUAUCUUUGAAAAUAUACCUCGUCUCCUCCAGAUGUCAAAAUGAAGCGUUGAUAGCUUGUUGUUGUUCGCUGACAUUUGAGAGAGCAGUGAUGAUGUUUGUUAUUGAGACUGUAAUGACAAACAUAAUCUCUGCGGUAGAGUUUUUAUAGUAUUCAUGUACAAAUCUGUUUGAUUGAGUGUAUUAUCUCUGCAUGGACUCAGAUAAAAUGGAUUUUUUAACAGAAGGGUCCAUAUUGACCUCGUCCUUGUAUAAACCUACUUUAAAGUUCCAGAUAUGACCGCUUAUAUGAAUAUGAGAAAUUAUCUUUAGGUAUGAGAUUUUAUUGUGUAUAAUAACAAGGCUAAAAAUCACCUUAGACAAAAUUUAAAAAUUUCAUUUAUCCAAAAAAAAUCUUGAAAUUUUAGUGAUUAUUGAUUGAGAGUAACUAUUAAUUUGAGCAUCGCAUUUAUUUGUUUGUUUUCAGGUUUAAGAAACAGAGAAGUAACAGGACAAACAACCUUGAUUCCACCAUAAUUUAUAGCUGUUUUCCUUUUAAAAAAUGUAGACAUUCAAUCCUGUAUCUGCUGUCUGUUUCCUUCACUUCAAAUUAGGAUAUGGAUUUUUUGGGCCUGAUGCUGAUACUGAUUAUUAGGGGGGGAAAAAUCCGAUUACCUAUUAAUCGGCCGAUUUUUUUUAGAUUUUUUAUUACAUAAAAAAAUAAAUAUAUUUACUGUAGAUAUUGGCAGAUACUAUACUGUAGAUAUCUACAGUAAACUAUAUACUGUAGAUAUAAUGUAGGCUACUGCUCUUCACGCUGACAGGAAGACCAACUGAUCAAACUCGGACUACCCCCCUGCGCGCCGAUCUGUGCCUUCGCGUCUAAACUCGAAGUAGCUCGAUCACUAAUGUGUACUGUUGUUUAUUCUGCCGUUACUGACAUGGCUAACAGUGAAGAUUGUCACAAGGUUGCUGCGCCAUCUACAGGUUAAGUUGGGGAUCUUUUGGCAGAACAUUUUUGAAGUGAAACCGAAUCUUAUUCUCCGCAAUUUAUUUCUGAAAAUGUCUGCAAAAAUCAGCGAGUUUCGGCUGAUGACCGAUUAGUCUCAAACAGGCUAAAAUUGGCCGGGCCGCUACUUCAAAUCACAUUUGAUCAGCUGUUUGUUAAAGCUUGUUGUUGACUCACAUAAGCCAUCCCAUGUGCAAAACAAAUACACAGCACAAACCAAUCUACCAAUACAGAUGAUUAACUUCAGUUUAGGGCUGCAGCUAUCGAUUAUUUUAGUAAUCGAGUACUCUAUCGAUUAAUCUGUCGAUUAAUCGAGUAAUCGGAUAAGAAAUGUUUUGCUCUCACUGUAAUACUUUGCAUUGAAUCACGUUUGCCUCAUUAAAAACCAUCAGUAACACACAAAACUGAAAUAGGCCAGGUCUUUCAAAUGAAUAUUUUUACUGCAUAAAUCAGGAACCAAAAGUUUUACAUUUUACCAUGUAGUUCACAUGAAACUACUGAAGGCAAGGUCUGCAGAUGGUCUUUUAAUUGCUAUGGUAAUGAUCUUUGCAGUUUUCACUAAACCAGUCACAACUAUUUCCAGGCUUUGGAUCUAAUUUUACUUGUUUAAUUAAUAGGCUGAAAUAAUAUAAUUCUUGGAUACUAACAUAAUUUGACAAGCAAAUGUACAUUUAUUCAAUAUAUAAAAGUGUUACAUUUUUAUUUACAUGUUGUUGUGUGUUGGUCAUUUUGCAGCCCUCUGCUGCUCAUCACACGCCUAGCAGGUGGUGUAUAGCAUUAUCACCAUGGAUACACGGAUGUUUGUGUGAUUUUUUUCAUCCACUGCCGCCCGGUUUGUGUCGUGUAGAUGUUGAUUAUGAAAACACUUCGCAAUAAUUUGGAAACGUGAAGGGGGAGCUGCUGCUGCCCGGUGUUUACGGUAAAUAGACGCAAACACCGACCAAGUGGACGCUUCGGUCUCCGAAAACGCCGAGACAAAUUUACAAACAGCCACUAUUUCAAACAACUGGGCUCAUAAUCGUGAUGUAAACACUUACUUUCUCGCUAGAAAAAAUAUUAUUAUUGAAUGAAUUUAUAUAAUUUGUCCGGUAUGCAGUCGUUCUAUGUAGCUUGUGGUAGGACUAUUUAAAUUUUCCCGGCGCUGCGUCCGGCCGGCACGAAAUGCAUUCUGGGGUAUUUAGUAUGUAUGUGUGUAAACGCUCGGGCAGCCGCGGCAUACUCAAAUCAUCUUUGAGUAGUCAGUAGGCAGUAGCUACUGCUUGAGUAGGUAAGUAGAUAGCAGGCAGUAUGCCAUUUCGGACACAGCUUCUGUCUGUCCUCGUUUCCCUCCAUGAUUGAACCAAACGCGCGGCAGCGGAAGGAGCGGAAAGAGCACGCUUCUGCGCAACAGAAAUAACCGUCCGUGUCAAACACCGUGCGCUGCACAUGGUUCCGGAUUUAAACGAUUCCUCGAGGCAUAUAAUUUGCCUCGAGGAAUUUUAUUAAUCGAGUUACUCGAGUUACUCGAGUAAUCGUUUCAGCCCUACUUCAGUUUUUCAUACAGAUAUUAGGCCGAUAAUAUCGUGCAUCUCCUCUUACAGUUUUGCUUUGACUUUUGGUAAAUUGACAGGAAAGAAAUUCGAACAGUGUUUAAACUAUUAUUCUUUAAGAUUAUGAUAGUAAGGGGUUUGGUCUGUUUUUGUCUCUCACAGCGUGCGUCAUGUUGCGUCUGCCGAACGUCGGCCGGGCUCUGGCCGGAGCCGCCAAGAGCAGCCUGGCUGGUAACACUGGUAAGAGUUAAGUGUGUGUAUGUGUUUGUGUGUGCGUAUAUGAGUGUGAGUCUAUGUCAAGGUCAAAGCAACUGUAACCUUAAAGUAUGUGUCUGGUGGAUUCCUCAAGUCUUUAUGUCAACUUGAGGAAUUUGUUUGCACUGAAGGUAUUCUGUUCUGUACUUUGAACAGUGAAAGUGUAUUUUCUGAAUUCUCCCUGAUGUUUCAUUGUUAGAGACUAACUCUGAAACAUUGAUAUUCCUGAUUGAGUUCGAUUGAAUUUGACCUCUUUUGAUGUUUUCGUCUCUCAUCUCAGUGCGUACUUCAGUGCGUGCUGCCAGCAACAUGGUGGAAGUGUUUGUGGAUGGGAAACCAGUGGAGGUGGAGCCUGGAACCACUGUGCUGCAGGUAAAGAGCUUGUUUCUGCACAGACACAGAAAUGUUACAUACCCUCACGGCUCAUGUAAUUAACCCUCUUAAAGUUUACAACAUGAAUGUCCCUGUUGUGGAAAAAUAACACCUGGUUUUGACAUGGAAGAAUUAAUCCUUAUCAGUACGAGUCAAAGAUUUAUCUCUUAUUUUAGUGACUGGCAAAAAUUGCAAAAAAAGCAAUGCUGCACAUGCUUGUUACAAGUGAUCAAAGGUGCUCACCUUCUUUCUCUUCUUUUUCAGGCCUGUGAGAAAGCAGGAAUCCAGAUCCCCAGGUUCUGUUACCAUGAGCGCCUCUCAGUGGCUGGAAACUGUCGUAUGUGUCUGGUGGAGAUCGAGAAAGCUCCAAAGGUAAAAAUAAUGCAUCCUUUAUCUGAUUUUUGCUGCAGCAAGGCUUAAGAGCACUUACAUUUCUCCAAUAUAACCCUCCUAUUUAUAUGUGCUGUGCUGUGAUGCGUCUCUGCAGCCUGUAGCAGCCUGCGCCAUGCCCGUCAUGAAAGGCUGGAACAUCCUCACCAACUCAGAGAAAACACGCAAAGCCAGGUACAAACCAAAGUAUUCAGACUUUGCCUCUAUCAGACUUUAACAUGACUUAACUGCAGAAAAGAGACUCAUGAAAUGGAUGUGUGUGUCUCCUCAGAGAGGGAGUGAUGGAGUUUCUGUUGGCCAACCAUCCUCUGGACUGUCCCAUCUGUGAUCAGGGAGGAGAGUGUGACCUGCAGGUAACACAGCAGCCAACUUUCAAAGAUUAGAAGGUUAAUUCAUGUCAACAGGGAUAAGUCACAACUAUAAAAACACGUGUUUGCUACUUUUUUUUUAUUUUUUAUGGAAACAAAAGUGUAAUCUGUGGAGCCCAACAAAAGUUAAAAAAACAUUUCCAACUUCUUUAUGUCCUUCUUAACCCUCUAUCUGAUGUUUCCAGGAUCAGUCCAUGCAGUUUGGUUCAGACCGGAGUCGAUUCACAGAGGGAAAGAGAGCGGUGGAGGACAAAAACAUCGGGCCGCUCAUUAAAACCAUCAUGACCCGCUGCAUCCAGUGCACACGCUGCGUUCGGUAUGUGUGUCACAAACGCUCAGUCCACUCGUAUUUCAAGAUCGUUCGCUGUCACUUGAACUGUUAUCGCGUGUUUUUGUAGAUUUGCCAGCGAGAUCGCCGGCGUCGAAGACCUGGGAACAACAGGAAGAGGGAACAACCUUCAGAUCGGCACAUACGUGGAGAAGAUGUUCAUGUCGGAGCUGUCGGGUAACGUCAUCGAUGUCUGUCCCGUGGGAGCGCUCACCUCCAAACCCUACGCUUUCACCGCACGACCCUGGGAGACCCGGUAGGAAAGAGUUUUGACACCUCAGCCUCUUAAUUUUCAGAUUUUAUCCUGCUGCUUUUUUUUUUUUUAAAGCAUAGGUCUCUCUCUGCAGGAAAACAGAAUCCAUAGAUGUUCUGGACGCUGUGGGCAGUAACAUCGUGGUGAGCACGAGAGGUGGCGAGGUGAUGAGGGUGCUGCCCCGGCUGAACGAGGAGGUCAAUGAAGAGUGGAUCUCUGACAAGACCAGGUAAAGACAACAAGAUGAGAGCCAGAACACAUGUUUUUUGUUGUUGUUUGAUUUUAUUCCCUUGCACAUGUUCUCUAUUUUUAACCCUUAUAUUUUUGCAGAAGGAUAAUUUUCUUCUUUGUGCAAAAACUCGUGUCAACUAGACGAUUUAUGGGGAUUUUUCCACACGUCUUUUUCUUUUGCUAUGCAGCUUUUUUUUUGCAAUGGCACAAGAAGUUUUAUGUCUGUCAAGUAUUUUUGUUUCACAAAUAAAAAGAACCGACAAAAACUUCAUAUAUUCUGCUCGUAUUAGGUUUGCAUAUGACGGUCUGAAGAGGCAAAGGUUGACUCAGCCAUUGGUGAAGGACGAUUCAGGUCAGCUGACCCCGACCACAUGGGAGGAUGCUUUAACACGUGUUGCAGGAGCAGUAAGUGUUUGUCUUCGUCUUUCUCUGUCAGCUUGUUACCUCCGCCAACGAGGUUAUGUUUUCGGUAGCGUUGGUUUGUUUGUCUGUGAGUUUGUUUGUCCUGGGUUUGAAUCCCGGUCAGGGCAUUUCUUGUUUAAAGGGGAACAUGAACUGCUUGGCGGAGGUCUGUGCUCUCUGAGUGCUUUUCUAGUUCCUUUUAUAUUCUUUUUUUAGGGGGCAAAAAAAGGUGAUAUUUAUAUACUCCAUUGUCAGAUAAGACACAAGAUUAAUUGACAAAAAAAGGGGCAAGUUAUCUCACAAAAUAUCCACUUACAGGACAUCAUGAGUUCAUGACAGUAUGAAUAAAGAAUCAUCUUUUGUUGCAGAAAUAGUUGGUCAAUUCCCUUCAUUUAGUUGAUCAAAAUUUUCCAAAGGUCACAAUGCCUUUUUGUUGAUUUCUAAACCAAACUGUUGUAAUGUUUGAGCCUGUAUGCAUGACAGCAUUUGUGCGUGUGUGUUUGUAGCUGCAGAGUGUUCAGGGCAGCGAGGUCGCAGCCAUUGCCGGAGGGAUGGCUGAUGCUGAAUCUCUGGUCUCCCUCAAAGAUCUCCUGAACAGACUGAACUCAGAGAGUCUCUGCACCGAGGAGCUCUUCCCCACGGCGGGAGCAGGGUGAGACUGUCUGCAGGUUUUAAUCGAAGCAACGCAGGAUGGGAAAUAAAUGGUUUGAUGUGACAUAAAAGCCUGUGAAGGUGUCUUACAUCAUGCUGUCUGUCUCUCUUAAGCUCCGACCUGCGCUCAAACUACCUGUUGAACUCUCGCAUCUCCGGCAUCGAGGAGUGCGACCUGCUGCUGCUCGUGGGAACAAACCCGCGGUACGAAGCGCCGCUCUUCAACGCAAGAAUCCGCAAGAGGUAAAAUCACAAAUCACACUCAAAAAAUGCAUCUUCACAGCAGAUCUGUUAUGAGUUUUUUAAAAACAUUUUCUCAUGAGUAAAAUAUUCCAGCUCUCAGUUUUGUUGUUUCCUCUGCAGCUACUCUGAAGUAGACUGACGUUUCUGCCAACUGCACCAGUUGAAACCUCUAAAAUUAACCUCGAUUCCAUCAAAUCUGCAAAUAAAAUCUGCAGGAAUCCACUGCAAGAGACAAAAACGAGAAGUUUAAUGAGCUUAAAAUUAAAAAUCUUGGUAAAAGCUUUAAGAAAGUCAAAUAGAACAACCCCUCUCUCUUUGCAAAAACCUGUUUUUAUCAUGUUGGAUAUGUCAGAUGAACAAAAAGGCCACCAAAAGGUAUUAUGGUUUUGGUUUUUAGUUUCUGUUUCUUAAUGAACUUUAGAAAUGGGAAGUAAAAAGUAAAUUUGUGAGCUCUAAAGGUGCAAACAGAAAGAUAUUUUUGCAGUUGUAUUGAGUCAGAGAAACUGUUUUUUCUCAAAUUUAGGUCCUCCAGCUGCCUAAAGUAUUUUUUUUUAAUGAGGGAAAAUGUCAAACUAUUCCUUUAAAGUCAGGGUUUGAGUUAGAGCAGUGGUUCUCAAGUCCAGUCCUCGAGGCCCACAGUGGGCCUCCAGGACUGGACUUGAGAACCACUGAGCUCGAGAGAUUAAGUUGUUAAUGAAGAUACAACAGUUGAUCUAAUGUCAUGUGUCUGUAUUAAUCCUCCUCUUCCUCUUUCAGCUGGCUGCACAAUGAGCUGCGUGUCGCCAUGGUGGGCCACCAAGUCGAUCUGAGUUACUCCUACGACCAUCUCGGAGAGGCGACGUCCAUCCUAAAGGAGCUCGCCGACGGCACACAUCCCUUCUGCCAGGUAAGAGGUGCAUUUGUAGCCGACUUGACCUUUAUAGCAUCUUUUUUUUACUAACACAUCCUUUCCUCUUCGCACCUUCAGACCAUCUCAGCUGCGAAACGUCCAGUCAUUGUCGUGGGCAGCAGCGCUCUGCAGAGAGAAGACGGUGCCGCCAUCCUGAGUACUGUGUCCACCAUUGCUCAGAACGCCAGAGCCAGCAGCGGCGUGGAGGAGGGCUGGAAGGUCCUGAACGUCCUACACAGGUAAAUCCAAGAAAUUCCCAUGAACUAUGGGCUAGCUUCACUUCACCCAGAGGUGCUUUCGGGCCCUGAUUUUAAAUUUUUUGGUCUAUAUUGCUCAGACACAUCGAUCGAUACAGCAGAUGCUCACUGCUAAUGCUGUGUGUGUUUCUGUGUGUGUUUCUGUGUGUGUGUGAGCAGAGUGGCCAGUCAGGUGGCUGCAUUAGAUCUCGGCUACAAAGCUGGUGUGGACGCCAUCAGGAACAAUCCUCCCAAAGUCCUGUUCCUGCUGGGAGCUGACGCCGGCUGCAUCACCAGAGCUGACCUUCCUCAAAACAGCCUCAUCAUCUACCAGGGUACACACACACACACACACACACACACACACACACACACACACACACACACACACACACACACACACACACACACACACACACACACACAGAGAAAAAGAAUGAAAAAUUGAAGCCCUAACACUGCAAAUGUCAAAUAUUAAACCCUCCAGGUCAUCACGGUGACGUAGGAGCACCAAUGGCUGACAUCAUCCUGCCUGGCGCCGCGUACACAGAGAAAAACGCUACCUAUGUGAACACUGAGGGCCGCAGCCAACACACCCGCGUGGCCGUCACGGCUCCUGGGAUGGCGAGAGAGGACUGGAGGAUCAUUAGAGCCGUGUCUGAGGUUCGCAGGGAGUCACUUUUGAAGACUCAGACAAGGUUGAUGUUGCUGUUUUUUAAUUUUGACAUUCAGAAUUUAAAAACCCGUCUCUGUUCCUGCAGCUGGCUGGUGUCACGCUGCCCUACGACUCUCUGGAGGAGGUCCGGUCCAGACUGGCAGAGGUUUCUCCUAACCUGGUUCGAUAUGACGACGUAGAGGAGGCAAACUAUUUCAAACAAGCCAAUGAACUCUCACAGGUACAAACUUCAAGAUUGCUGAAGCUCAAAUUUAGUGAAAUCAGUGAUAUAAUAUAUAAUAUACUCUGUUUUUUCUCCUCAGGCUGUGAACCAGGAUCUCCUCACUGCUCCUCUUGUUCCUCCUCAACUCUCAGCGAAGGACUUCUACAUGACAGGUGAGUUUGUCUUCACACAUUUUCAUGAAUAUUUGAGCUAAAGAAUAGAGAAUAACUUCCUUUUUCUCUUUCCUUUUAUCCAGACUCUAUCAGCAGGGCUUCACAAACGAUGGCCAAAUGUGUCAAAGCUGUGACAGAAGGAGCCGCCGCCGUCGAAGAGCCGUCAGUUUGCUGAACGUACGAUAACAGACACUAAAAGACCAACGAUGAACUCUCCAUCUGCUGCCAGAAGAACACACUUCUCUGAACUCAGUGUCUGUCUCUAAUUUAAACUCGUCCUCGAUGCUUGUUGUAAAUCGUUUUCACUCCCACAGUCAGAACGAUCUUUGUUGAAAAAAGGUGAGAAAUGUAUACUAUAUGAAUAAAAUCUUACAAAUGUCUUCACUCCAGUGUGUUUCAUUAUUACAUUUGAUGUAAAGUCGGCUCUUCUAACUUUAAAGUCAUUCUACCUCAUAAAACACAGGAGCUGCAGCUCUACUGAUGCAUCUAUUUGUAAGUUUCUUUGAGUUAUGGGUCAGUUUGGGUGUUUCAAAGUAACCUUUAACUAAUUAUUGAACAGACAGAAAUCAAUAUUAAUUGGCAACACAAUGCUUGAAGGGGGGCUGCCAGGAAAGGAAAAACUGAGGAUGAAUUCUCGGGUAAAAAUUCUGUUGUUUGUACCCUGCUGACAAGUUUCAGUAAACUUCUGAGGUUUCAGAAACUCUGAGUUAAUUAUUUGCCAAAAAAAAAAAAAAAAAGUUUAUGAGUUUGAACAUUUAAUAUCUUGUCUUUGUCGUGUAUUCAAUUGAAUAAAGGUUGAAAAGGAUUUGCAAAUCA